AUGAUUGCAAUGCACGCGACAGAAAGUAAACGCCAGGUAUUGUUUGGCGUGACUCAUCUUGAGCCGUUGGCCGUUUUGAACUCAAACUGGGCUCCAAGGAGCAAUUCCGAAACAAAAGCGAUGUCAUCGGCAAAAGCAGCACUGGAUGAGAUUGAUCUGAAUUCCCUCAGGGAUCCCGCGGGAAUCUUUGAGCUCAUCGAAGUUGUUGGAAAUGGAACAUACGGGCAAGUGUAUAAGGGUCGACAUGUUAAAACUGCACAGUUAGCUGCAAUUAAAAUCAUGAACAUUAAUGAGGAUGAAGAAGAAGAAAUAAAACUGGAAAUUAAUAUGCUAAAAAAGUACUCUCAUCAUCGGAAUAUUGCUACCUACUAUGGAGCUUUCAUCAAGAAACUUCCGUCUUCAACUGGUAAACAUGACCAAUUAUGGCUAGUCAUGGAGUUCUGCGGCAGUGGAUCCGUAACAGACCUGGUCAAAAACAGUAAAGGCGCCACUUUGAAGGAAGAAUGGAUUGCUUAUAUUUGCAGAGAGAUUUUAAGAGGCUUAUACCACUUGCACCAGAAUAAGGUUAUUCAUCGCGAUAUCAAAGGACAAAAUGUUUUGCUUACUGAUAGUGCUGAAGUGAAACUUGUUGAUUUUGGAGUUUCCGCUCAGUUGGAUAAAACUGUUGGACGAAGAAAUACUUUUAUAGGAACCCCUUAUUGGAUGGCACCGGAAGUGAUUGCUUGUGAUGAGAACCCCGAAGCAACAUAUGACUCUCGCUCAGAUUUGUGGUCUCUUGGUAUCACUUCACUGGAAAUGGCUGAAGGUCAUCCGCCAUUGUGUGACAUGCAUCCCAUGCGCGCUCUGUUUCUGAUUCCGCGCAACCCGCCACCGCGUUUGAAACGGACAAAGAAAUGGUCGAAAAAGUUCGAGGGUUUUAUUGAUACUGUACUUGUCAAGGACUAUCAUCAGCGGCCCUACACCGACCAGCUUUUACGGCAUCCAUUUAUCAGAGAACAACCUCAUGAAAGAACGGUGCGAAAUGCUAUUAAAGAGCAUAUUGAUAGGCAUCGACGAAUAAAUGGAAAGAAGGAUGACACUGAAUAUGAAUAUUCGGGAAGCGACGAGGAGGAGCCUCAAAAUCAUCGGGGUCCUUCUGUUGGAGUACGAGAUGAUUCGGAAAGUUGCUCGAUGAUUCCAAUGGAUAACACGUUACGCAAAGGAUUCCAAAGACUUCAAGAGAGUAGCAGAGGUCUUGCUGAGCCGGGAGCUCAACAACUUCGACGACUUCCUGCUCAACCGCCGUUGAUGCAAUCUUCAUCUCAGUAUCGCUACGUACCGGACGCGAGAAGACAAGAAGAAGUGAAAAUGAGAGCGAUGGCAUCUCCAAGGAAUGCCGAUGGUUCUCGUCAAUCGCCUGCAUCACGACAAAGACCUGUGAGUCAUCAUCAGCGUUCUCCACAACAAUCGCAUCCUGCAGCUCCUCAUCUAGCGGAUUUAGCGAAUUAUGAAAAGCGGCGUCGAUCGGAAAGAGAAGAGCGUAGAGAGCGUGAACGUGGAGCUCACCAUGCGGUUCCAGUUCAACGAGUCUCUGCAAGUGUUCCAGCCCCGCAACAAUCAAGAAAGAUGAGUGAACCCCUAUUGAUGGGACAUCAUGCAAAGCCAGAGGAUCUUGACGCACUCGCUAGUGAAUUAUCAAAGAUCGGAGGAAUGAGAAAUGGAAGAUCUCGUGAGGAAAGCAUGAGUCCACCACCACCGGCUCCGCCACCGCGAGAAGCUUCAAUAUCAACUCUUGCCGACACUGUGGAGGAAAUGAUGAAUGGCGAAGAAACAUUGCGAGGCCCUAAUAAGCCACUGCCACCUACGCCUACUGAUAUUGAUAAUUCGAUUCUAUCGGAAUCGAGACGCAGUUUGAAUGGAGAUCGGCCGGUGAUCAAGGCGAAAAGCAUUUCGGAAGUUCGCACAGGAAUCAUUUCAAUUGAGGAUGAUGAAAUGGCAAGUGAUUCUGACAACGAGGAAGGAAAUGAGCCUUUGAUGUUCAAACAAAUUAAUUCGUCAAACUCUCGCGGAGCACUUCCGGAUCUUUUGCCAAAAUCGCCACAGCUCAGACGGCCAAUAACCGAGCAACAACGACAAUUGAGUGAUGAUCGUGGAAAUGAGAGCGCCUCCCUAUUUGGAAGUUUCUACCAACCAAAUGGUUCGGUUGUGCAGAAUCUGGAGUCGCGUGCGUCGGUUCAACCAUUCUCAUCGCGUGAUCGUGAGAAGUCGUUUGUUGGCUAUUUCGGUGGCGGCGCAGCUGGAGCAGGUGGCGGCACAGUUAAUCGUCCGGGCCGGCCUCAAGAUACAAAUCAAGUUCAAGUCAAUGUCAAUCCGAAUUCGAAUGGAACCCCAGCGGAGAGCGAUGCUCCAGAAAUUCGCAAAUACAAAAAGAAGUUUAGCGGGGAAAUUUUGUGCGCAGCGCUAUGGGGUGUUAAUCUUCUCAUAGGUACCGACAGUGGAUUGAUGCUUUUAGACCGAAGUGGUCAAGGAAAAGUUUAUCAAUUGAUUAAUAGGAGACGAUUUGAUCAAAUGACAGUGCUUGAAGGACAAAAUAUACUCGUAACAAUUUCCGGAAGAAAACGAAGAAUCCGUGUUUAUUACUUGAGUUGGCUUCGACAGAAAAUUUUGAGGACCGAGGGAGCCGGAACAGCGAGUACUAGCGAGAAACGCAAUGGAUGGGUGAACGUUGGCGAUCUUCAAGGAGCCAUCCAUUUUAAAAUUGUGCGUUACGAGCGAAUCAAAUUUUUGGUUGUUGGGCUCGAAACAUCUAUUGAGAUUUACGCCUGGGCACCGAAACCGUAUCACAAAUUUAUGAGCUUCAAGUCCUUUGGUUCCCUUUCUCAUGUUCCUCUUAUCGUGGACCUCACUGUUGAAGAAAACGCAAGACUGAAGGUGCUCUAUGGUUCACAUGAAGGAUUCCACGCUAUUGAUUUGGAUUCCGCUGCUGUUUAUGAUAUCUAUACCCCAACAACUAAUGGCCAAGCAUCGACAACUCCUCACUGCAUUGUUGUUCUGCCCAAUUCGAAUGGAAUGCAACUUUUAUUAUGCUACGACAAUGAGGGAGUUUAUGUGAACACUUAUGGAAAGAUGACCAAGAAUGUUGUGCUCCAAUGGGGUGAAAUGCCGAGCAGCGUUGCUUACAUCUCGACUGGUCAAAUAAUGGGAUGGGGAAACAAGGCUAUCGAAAUUCGUUCCGUAGACACGGGUCAUCUUGAUGGUGUCUUUAUGCACAAGAAAGCCCAAAAAUUGAAAUUCUUGUGUGAGAGAAACGAUAAGGUAUUCUUCUCGUCUGCAAAGGGCGGUGGUUCUUGUCAAAUCUACUUCAUGACGUUAAACAAACCAGGAAUGUCCAACUGGUAA